AUGGCUAGUCAUCCACCGGGAGAAUGUUGUGUGAGCUCAACUUUACAUGAAGGUAAACCAAUUGGAGUCCAUAAAGAAUUAUUGGGAUUGAAAACAUACACAGUUGGAGAGUCAGAACAAAUUCUAAUUAUAUUAACUGAUAUACAUGGUAAUGAACUCAAUAAUGUGUUAUUGAUUGCUGAUGAAUUUUCAAAAGCCGGGUUCAAAGUUUUGAUUCCAGACAUAUUAAAGGGAGAUCCAAUUAAAGAUGGUGAUGAUUUACAAAUCUGGUUAAAAAGUCAUACCCCAGAAAUCACUAACCCAAUUGUUGAAGGGUUUGUUAGUAAAGUUAAAAAUGAAUUGAAACCAAAAUUUUUAGCCGGUGUAGGUUUUUGUUUCGGUGCCAAAUAUGCAAUUAUUAAUGCAUCUUCUAAAAGUCCUUUGUUUGACGUUAUAUCAAUUAUGCAUCCAAGUUUUGUCACGAUUGAAGAAGUUGCAGAUCUCAAUGUCCCAAUUACAAUUCAAGCUGCAGAAACAGAUCCAAUUUUUACAACUGAAUUAAGACACAAAUCAGAAGUAAAAUUGGUAGAGAUCAAAGCUAGAUAUCAAAUUGAUUUAUUUUCUCAUGUUAGUCAUGGAUUUGUUGUUAGAGGCUCUCCAGAUGAUUUAAUUGUGAAAUAUUCAAAAGAAAGAGCUAUUGCCAAUACUAUCGCUUUUUUCAAAAAUGUGGAUUUAAUUAAUUCUAGAUUAUAA